CGUGUUAUCAUUAUGAUCGAAGAAAUCGCGUGUGAUAAAGCGAUAACCGAGCGGGACAAAUACAAUUAUUUUAUUAUUAUGUGUCGUUGUAACAAUAAUAUUUCUAACGAAACGUAAACUGUUAUCAUUUUCUAGUGGCGAUCUGUUUAUUUUGUAUAAACAGAUUUUGUUGCAAUUAUUAUGUUUUAUAUUAUUUCACCGUCCAAGAACAUCACUUAAAGACCACUUAGGUCCUAGAGACGGUUUUCUGAACUUUUUGCACAAAUAGAUCAACAUAUCUUCCGAACAAUGAGCUCCAAUAUUAACAUUGAGAAAUUAGUGGAAAAAUCGAGGUUUCCAAAGACUGUCAACGAAACUCUUGGAGUAAUUGCUUAUUUUCCAUUUGGGGUUGUUAUAGCAGCAUUAAGAGUUUUUAUAUUAGUAAAUGCAAUAUUUUUAACUAUUAUUUUGAGUAAUUAUCCAAAAGUGCGCAGGCCACUGCUAAGAAUUAUUUUAGGUGUUCUUGGUUUAAUCGUAAUUGAAAAAGAAAAUUCUGCAUCCAAAAACAGCAGAGUGUUGGCCUCAAAUAGUUUAUCAAUAUUCGAUUUCAUUGCGUUGCAUUUGGUCACAGGGGCUUAUACACCAACACUAGCAUUCAGUGAAACUAUAGCUUUUUUUAUUGGAAUGGUGUCUGUAAAGCCCCAUGAUAUGACAGCUGUAAACGGCCUUGUAUUGAAAAAUUUUAUAUCUGACGAAAAUGAUGAAAAGUCAUUACUCCUAUUUCCAGAAGAAGCUUCAACCAAUGGAAAAUAUGCUUUACUCAGAUUUUCAUCUCUACCAGCUGUUGUAAGUGACAAUGUGCAACCGGUAGCUUUAAAAAUAACAAGGCCAUUUUUUGCUAAUAUUAAUUUAUCAGUACUCGGAUCAAGUAUUUUUUCUGAAAUAUUUUGGUUCUUUUUUGUUCCAUAUACCAAAUUUGAGUACAAACUUCUCGAAGUGAUCAAAAAAUCUAAAAAUGAGACUAAUGAUACAAUGAUGCUUCGGGUUGAAACAGCUAUUUCAAAAGAACUCAACAUAUCUACCUCGGAGCUCACAAUUAAAGAUAAAAAUGAAUAUCUAGAGAAAUAUUUACUAGAGUUGGAAGAAAAGGCUAGAAACCGGAACAAAUGGUCAACAAUUGAUAAUCUUGAUGAUGAUCCCGACAUUUUUAGAAUGGCUGCCCAAGUUGCUGAUGUUCUUCCAUAUGUUCCCCAACAUGCUAUUGUUGCCAAUCUUAGAAGAACAAGAAGUGUUGAUAUAACAAUAACAAAUAUACUUGAUGGCACCAUUAGAUAUACUCCAGUUCCUCUGACUUGCAAUGCACCAAAGUCUGAAUCCAAAAAACCAGAACCGAAUAAUUUUGGAGUUGGUUCAUUCAUGGAGAGAAAAACCAAGUUAAUCGAAGAAGCUCGCCAACGUUACAUAAAAAAACAUGGAUUACAUCACUUGGUUCAAUAGCUUAUGUCUGCGUUAGGACAAUGGUAAGAGGAGGAAAAUAACUUACAAUGACGUCGUCGUCAAGAACAUUUCUAGUUCUAUAAAUGCUCUUUGUUUUUAUUACUAUUAUAACUUUUAUUUGUACGGAAAUUGGGCAGGUACUUACCCAAGUAUUACUAAAUGUGCUUGUUCUUGUAUGAAAGUCUAGAGAAUUUUAACGAAAUGACUAAAGGCAAUAUAUUAUGUACAUAUUAUAUUAUAGUAUACUAAC